AUGCAAACCAAACUUAUUGCUUUCGUUGCCUUUGCGGCUGUCGGACAAGCCCGUUUUGGCCAGGAGGGCUCCGUUCAGAAUAUCAUCCAGAGCCUCAGCAACUUUGGCCCGCCGGGCGCGGCCGGUACCCUCGCUGGUCAGACACCGGGCGUCCUACUUGCCGGUGCCAGCGCUUGCGCCCAGCUUGAGCUUGCAGAUGAGAUUGUUGCCACGCUUGGUAACGACCCCGAAGUCAUCGCUGGCGCUGCGGCCCUUGUCGCCGCCGAGAAGAACUUCAACCCCUUCGCCCAGGACGUCCCGGCGAUCUGCAGCAACCCGAACCUCCCAGCUACCCCGGAACUACGGGGUAUUGUCCCUGCCGUCGACCCCGCCGUGGACGGGGCGGAUAUUCAGAACGCGAAUUCCGCGCAGUCGCUGGCAACCCCUUUCGACGACGGUGGUCUCAGCGUUGCCGAUCUCUCAAGGGCGCAGGGAUUCGAGAACUUUAACGCCCAGGCUUGA